CUCCUGGAGAGUCUGAAAACAACCUCAGAACAGGAUGGACACAAAUACACGGAGCAGAGAAAGAACCAGGGCUAAAUAAGUCAGGAGCACUACCGUUGACUGGCUUUCCACCACCAGAAGUUUUAAAGCUCCACAAAGACCCUGAACUAAUCUCUGGACUGACUAUACAAGUGAGAGUACUACAGGGAACUGAGGACCCUGAGCUGCGCUUGGCAGGUCCAAAACAAUGGCACAGUGCACGCCGGAUACCAGACCUGGCAAGGUGAUCCAGAAUUCGAAGGCUGACAUCGAAGACUUGAGUGAAGUUUCAACUGAGUCUGCAUCAGCUGUGGCGGUCAAAGUCAGACCUAAAGACCUGGCGCUGAUUCGAAGCUUGUCCAAGUCGGACUCUGACUUGUUGGCGUCACCACUCGGAGAAGAGGAUGGAGGUCUGGCUGGCCGCUGUGGGUCGGUGUCUAACUGCAGCACUGGGCAGCCAUCCAUGGAGCGCAUGCCUUCCUUUGCCUCUGAGUGGGAUGAGAUUGAGAAGAUCAUGAACUUGAUUGGAGCAGGCAUUGAAACGUCCAAAAACAAACAGCCCACACCAAGCUCAGAUGGGGCCUGUGGUAAAGCCCUGGACCAGCCGGUGGGAGAGUGGCUGGAGCACGUGGGGCUGCCGCAGUACGAGAGCAAGUUCCUGCUCAAUGGCUUCGACGACCUACGAUUCAUGGGAAGUAACGUGAUGGAGGACCAGGACCUCAGAGACAUCGGGAUCACUGACCCAGGACACAGAAAGAAAAUCCUCCAUGCGGCGCGCAGCUUGCCCAAGGUAAAAGCACUGGGCUGUGAUGGCAGCACAUCUCUUGCCUCUUGGCUGGACGGCCUCGGCCUGCAUGAAUAUCUGCCCAACUUCCUUUCAAGCGGCUACCGCACACUGGAGUGUGUCAAGAACCUGUGGGAGCUGGAGAUCGUCAAUGUUAUUAAGAUUGGUGCCCUGGGCCACAGGAAGAGGAUCAUUGCCUCUCUAGCAGAGAGACCUUAUGAAGAGGCUCCAACUAAGUCCCGUCGUCUGUCCCCAAUUAUGUUUCAUGACCUCCUGUCCCAGACCACAUCCCCCCUAAGUCAGUUGGACCCCUACACCAGUCGCUCCAUGGACAUGCUUCUGCCCCUGACCGAGUCGGACCGGAGGCGGAGAGGAGUCGACCAAGACUGUAGCGUAUCUCUGCGGUCUUAUAGUGAGAGGCCGCGCUCUGUAGACAGACAGACUGAGCGACACAAAGAGUCUCGUUUAAACCUCCGGCCGCCAAGCCACUCUGCUACCUACGCCACAGUGUCCGCCUGGCAUCACCAGCCUGAGAAACUCAUCCUGGACUCCUGCGGGUACGAGGCAACUUACCUAGGAUCAAUGGUAAUCAGGGAUCUACGAGGGAUUGAGUCCACACAAGAUGCCUGCGCUAAAAUUAGGAAAUCAAAGGAUUCAAGAAAGGGUCCGGUCGUCAUACUGUCCAUUACCUACAGAGGGGUCAAGUUCAUAGAUGCAGCCACGAAGACCAUAGUUGCGGAGCAUGAGAUCAGGAACAUCUCAUGCGCGGCCCAAGACCCAGACGACCUCUGCACUUUUGCUUACAUCACCAAGGAUUUGAAGAGUGGCCACCACUUUUGCCAUGUCUUCAGCACUGUGGAGGUGACACAGACCUACGAGAUCAUCCUAACGCUGGGACAGGCAUUUGAGGUGGCCUAUCAGAUGGCGAUCCAGUCCAGGGCGAGACACUAUGUUCCCCCUUCAUCUUUGGGCUCAGAGGUCAUAGAGACCAAAACCAGCCGUCCUGUGUCUCAGUCAUGGAGCAGCAUGCGGAGAUCAGCAAUCGAUCCCCUGGAGAUGGACGCAGACAUGCAGUCCCUGGGCAGCACCACCUGGCUCUUGGACCAGCGGGACUCCAACAGGCGCCCCGUCAGCACCAACUCACCCCAGCGUUCAAGUUUCCGGAUACCAAGCUGUGAGUUGAAGGGGAGCAGCCGAUGUGAGUGUGUUUGCGUGUGUUGAGUUAGUGGGCAGAGCAGUGGAAAAGAGGUAGAGAGAGAAAACGAAAGGUAAGCCAUACGCAAUGUGCAGGGCCAACCAGCGCUACUCUGACAUUCAGAUCUCACUCUUUAAGUCCCCUUCUCCUCCACUGCCCUCGAUAUGAAUCCCAACACACAGACGAAAGGUAACCUCUUGUCCCACAUCACUGGCUAAAUAGGACCGGGUGUUUCACUCCUGUCUUGAGAAAGGUCAGUCAGAAAUGUCAGGUCUAUUUCCUGGACUCCAUGUGACUUUCUGAUCUUGUCAUGUAGGUACUGUAAUGUUUAGAACACUGUAGAUCAUUAAUGAUAUAGACCAUUAAUGAGCAUUUCUAUUGAUUCAGGUCUACUGGAGAUAGAAACUGGGGGAAUGAUUAAAGGGUAAACAGAAAUGUAACAAAAUGUAGAGAAAGAAAAAAAAAAAAAAAAA